AUGGAGGCAUCAGGUCAAAGAAUCAACACUGAGAAUUCUGGGCUGAUUUUUGGAAGCCAAGUAUCUAUACAGAGGAGGGUGAAUAUAGAAGAGAUCACCGAAAUGGCGUCAUGGGAGGAUCCUAGAAGAUACCUAGGGUUACUAGCGAGAUGGGGAAGAUCCAAAAAUAGGGCUUUGGAGUGGAUAAAGGAAAAGAUACUAGAUAAGAUGCAAGGAUGGAAAGAGAAACUUUUAAAUCAAGUUGGAAAGGAGGUUUUGAUAAAAGUAGUAAUACAAGCGAUUCUAACCUACGCUAUGAAAGUCAUCAAAUUCCCUAAAUCUUUUUGCAAAAGAAUCGAAGCAGCAAUUGCGAGCCUUCAGGAGGCGGGAGAAGGAAGGAACGAAUCAUGGAUAUGGAAGAGCUUGUUGGAGGGAAGAAAUUUCCUUAGAAGGAAAGGUAGAUGGAGUGUAAGGAGUGGAAUGGAGAUAGAUAUUUGGGAAGACAAUUGGGUGGCAAGAAUAGAUAAAUUGGGGAGAUGUGGAGAAGGUCGAAUAAGAAGAGUGAGCGAGUUGAUAAAAGAGGGGGAGGGCUGGGACGCGAAUAGAAUUCAGGAUUUAUUUUCGAGGAACAUAGCUGAACUGAUUACCAGAAUACCCAUCAGUUUGAUUAACAAGAAGGAUUAUUUUGUCUGGCCAGACAGAAUCGAUGGACAGUACUCAGUGAGAUCAGGAUACUGUUCUGCGAAGGAGAAAGAUACAAAGGAAGAGAUAAAACUCAGCAAAGCUUCGACAAGUCAGAAUUUGAGGGAGGUAAUAAUCAACGCAGAGCAUCUUGCAACAGAAUACCACAAUGCAACAAGAGGACGCAGUACAAACAACAUACCAAGAGCAGGCAGGAAUGGUGAGAAGAAGAGAAUUAUCUGGAGGCCCCCACCACAAAAUAGGUUGAAGGUAAAUACUGAUGCGGCUUUCCAUAGGGAAACAGGCACGGCUGCUUCAACAGUCGUUAUUAGAAACUGGCAAGGAAAGAUCAUUACUGGGACAACAUCAAAAUUCACGACAAUAUCAACACUAGCAGCAGAAGCUCAAGCAUACAGAGAGGCACUCAUUCUCAUUAAGAAUUUACAAAUAGUGAAUUGCAUAAUUGAAACAGAUUGCUUACCUCUGGUUCAAGCUAUUAAGUCUAGAAUGCCCAUAGCGGAAACAGACGCAUUCAUCAGAGACAUUCUCCAACUGCUGGAUGAGGCUCCGGAUGUAGGAGCUACCUGGAUUCCAAGGGAAGGCAACAAAGUAGCUCACCAACUGGAAGCGAUGGCAGCGGGGAAUGAACUUCGACAACAGUGGACAUUUGAUCCUCCUAAUCAAGUUAGGAAUACAAUCAGAACAGAAGUUAGAUUCACAAUACUUCAGCAUAAUCAAUGGUUGCAAAAUCAAGUCAAUGGGGAUUCAGAUUCUACCAACCAUCAAGGAUUCCAACUAGAAGAAGGGUCACCUGAGAGAGUGGAAAUGGAAACCGUGACAGGCAAGAAGCUGAAAGGGGAGGGUAACUUCGAUCCAUAG